CGCUCCCUAGCGAGUUUGCCUCGCGCGGGUUCCUUCCCUAGUGAGUUCCGCUCCCCCCGCCGGCGGCCACUCCGGCCCCGGCGUCCACCACCACUUCCGCCGGUGGCCACCUAGGCCCCGGCGCCCUCUCCCUUCCCCGGCAGCCUCCCGGGCCCCGACCUUCCUUCCGCGGCGCUCGCCAGGGGGCUGUUUCGCCAUGGCUUCGGGUCCGGCCAGCCCCGCCUCGGUGUCGUCGAGGCUGCAGCCCAUCGUCUCCGGCUUGGGCCUGUCAGGCUCGUCUAGUUCUUCGGACGCGUCCACUGGUACUGGAAGUGCGCUGGCUCGAGCUAUCGAUGGCCCGGCUGCGGCACUCUCCGCGCCAUGGCGCAAGCCGGGGCCGUCCCGCAAGGCUCUCUGGCGCGGAAGAAAAGCGCUUCGGAAGCACGCGACGGCGGGAGGAGCCCGGUCGUGCUCGUCGGCGUCGUCCCAGGAGAGGAGAGAGAUCCCGGCGGAUCUGUUUGGCCUUUGCUUCUCUUGCUUCAGGGAGGGUCACCGCCGGGAAGAUUGCGGCUUUCCACCGCUGUGCAUCCGGUGUGGUCUGGAGGGUCACAUUUCUACGGACUGCAAGCGGCCGAGGAGCCAAAGGUCAGAAGAAGAUCUCCGGCGGGAUGCCGUUGCCAAGGUUGCGCGUGUUUCGCAGCCAUCGAUGCAGGCUGGACUCGCGAACAGGCUGUCGCCGGCGGCUAGGCAGACCGCUCCGUCGGAGAGGUCCUCGCCAGUGCCGGUUGACACCGCACCUGUGGGGUUCGGGCAGGCAUCGGCUGCAGCUGCUACUUCCGGUGGCAUCUGUGUGCUCCGUAGGACGCCGGAGAUGGAGGAUCUUGAGCAGCGUUUGAGGCUGGCGGUGGUGGCGUACGUGGGCGGCACUCGACCCCCGGUGUCGUGCCGGGAGGCGGCGGAAGGAGUGUCGACAGCCCUGCGUAUUCCACUCCAUCGGUUCUCUAUCCAAAAGUUCCAUCCCGAGGACUUCCUGGUGGUUUUCGCCUCGCCGGAGCUACGCAACAAGGCAUUGGCGGCGGGCACCGUUGAGUAUGGCUACUUCAAGCUGUUCAUCAAACCAUGGCUCAAGCAGGCGCAAGCGGUGUCCAGAGUGAUGCGUACUCAAGUUGAACUCAUGAUCAAGGGGAUUCCAUCUCACGCGUGGACGACCGAGACGGCGGCCGAGCUCCUUGGCUCGUCAUGUCUGGUUGAGAGUUUGGCUCCGGAGACGGAAAAUCGCGAAGAUCUCUCCCUCUUCAAGCUACGAGCAUGGUGUGUGGAUCCUGAUGAAGUGCCGGCGGACAAGCGGCUAUGGGUGCCGGAGCCGGAGGAGAACGGAGGGCCGGCAGCAAGGUCACCGACGACCCGUGCUUUGCUGGAGUAUAAAACGCUCAUCCACAUUGGAAGGCUGCGCGAGCACGAGGGUCCAGAGCGCUGGUUCAGGCCUCCUAGUUCCGAUGGUAGCGGGCAGAGUGGCUUGCCGGGGAACUCUGAGGACAUCUCGGGUCGGGGAGAAUGGAGCGUCUUGCCGUGGUCGAGGGGUGCACGAGAUCACCGCGGUGGGGCGCCGGGCAGUGGUGCGCACGGCGGCUCUUACAAGCAGGCUCUGUUGGGUCGCAUCAGGCCAUCACAGUGGAGGUUACCGCCGAUGGCUCAUGGCAAGGAGGUGUCGGCGAGCGUGCCCGUGGUCACCACGGCGGCUGCGACAGGGACUUGCCAGGGAGAAGCGGUGGCUGCAGCCCAAGCAUUGCCGGUGGCACAGUUUACCACAGAUGAUCCGGUGGUGCAGUUUGCCACAGAAGAUCCGGGCAGGUGUAGUGGGACCCUGCCACGCCAGGAGGCUACGGUGGCCAUCUUGCACGUUCCGUUGGGCCCGGGUAGCCAGGCUUUUGACCAAGUGGUGACAAGGGAUCAGGCACCCACCAAUGCCAACUCGCAACGGGUGAUUGACAGCGCGAUUUGCGCGGAUCCCAUGGAGGAUGACCAUGCGCAGGAUAAGACGUGCCAUCAAUCAAAUCCCGCCUUCCCGUCCACAGCCUUUCGGUGCGGGUCACCAGCGCCCAAUCCGCUGCCGUGGAGGAGGCCCCACUGGAUCCGCUGCCAGACAAAACCGCACAGGGAUUGCCACCGGUCUUGGACGCGCUGCAGCUAGCGACAACGGAGAGGAUUGACAAGCCUUCAGCUGAUUUGGUGGAUACGGGUCCCAGUAUACAGGAGGCUGGUGCUGGUUUUGAGAGGGCCGAUGUGACCGCGCCACAUGCAUGCAUGCAAGAGGCGUUGCAUGGCGGCAAUGAUAUUGAUGCUGGUGCAAUUAUUGUACAGCGCCGCGAGGAGAAUCUAUCUGCGAAAGAAAUUGCAGCGCUUGGGAACAUCAAGGCGUUUUGCGCUGGAUUGCUUAAAAAACUUGCACCGCCGCUUCUCAAGGAGUUUGAAGGUCUGCGAGGGGUCAAACCAGGCCAUGACCCAUUCACCCCACGCCGCACAACUCGGUCCGUCUGUGCAAGUAGCUCUAGGAAGACGAAGGCCUUGGCAGCUGAAACGGUGCUGCUUAGAACCUUGGGUCUGGAUUGUGAUGAUCUGGCGGUCUCGGAAGAUGCGCUAGGUCAGCUCCGUACAGUCUUCGACUCACCACUCCAGGAGCCGCAGUUGAGGGCCAUCGCGGCUAUCUUCGGGAAGGCGAUACAGCUCAACCUCGCAGAGGAGACAGGGAUGGCAGAGCCGAUCUUGGCGCAGUAGGCACGUUGGUGCUGGUGGCGUUGGAGGCAUUUCGUUCCAAUGUCGUUCAACGCUUUGGAGUUAGUGUGUUGGAAUGUUAGAGGCCUUAACAGUCCGGCCAAAAGGAAGGCGCUUAGGGGUUUUGUGGAUUCCACUCGCGCGGCGAUUGUUUGUAUCCUAGAAACUAAACUUGAGGUGGUGGACACCUUUGUAAUCCUGCAAUGCAUGGGGCCGAACUAUGAUGGUUUCACUUA